GGAGGAGGGAGAGGAGAGGGAGGAGGAGGGCUGCCGGGCUUCUAGGACCCGGUUCCGGAACCCGCGGCGGGCGCGGGCCGCUCGCCCACUCGGGCCGAGCGGGAAAGGCACCAGGCAGGACCGCUCGCUCGCCGGCUUUCAGCGCUAGACGGCGCCCGCCUGGCGCCGCUUCCUGCCGGGCGAGCGGACCGGCCGGGCCGCGCCUCCUCCUCCUCCCUCCCUCCCUGCCGCCCGAGGGAGGGCGCUGAGCCCCGGCCGCGGAGCCGCUUCUGCCGGGAGCUCCAGCGAGGAGGGCGAAGUUUCGAGUGGAUGCUGCCCGCGCUGGACGCCGACCCGGGAGAGACGGAUUCGCCCUCGCCCGAGGAGGCUCGGCCGCGGGGACAAGGGUGUUCCCCACCUGAAGACCACCAGCCAGGUCCUGAGUGCUGCCCCUGAGCUGAGUACCUGCGGCCAGCCUGCCCCCAUGGAGAAAGGACGCACUUUGCCCCAGGACUGCCGGGACUUCGUGCAGAGCCUGAGGAUGAGGAGCAAAUAUGCCCUUUUCCUGGCUUUUGUGGUGGUGGUUUUUGUCUUCAUUGAAAAGGAAAAUAAAAUCAUAUCAAGAGUCUCGGACAAGCUGAAGCAGAUCCCCCAAUCCCUGGCAGAUGCCAACAGCACCGACCCGGCCCUGGUCUUGGCCGAGAACGCGUCCCUCAUGUCCCUGAGUGAGCUCGACUCAGCCUUCUCGCAGCUGCAGGGCCGCCUGCACAACCUCAGCCUGCAGCUGGGCGUGGGUUCAGCGGCCGAGGCAGUUGGGGAGCAGGAGGCAGAGCCAUCCCAGCCUGCCAGGGCCGGGCACCGUCGCCACGUGCUCCUCAUGGCCACCACCCGCACCGGCUCCUCCUUCGUGGGCGAGUUCUUCAACCAGCAGGGCAACAUCUUCUACCUCUUCGAGCCGCUGUGGCACAUCGAGCGCACCGUGUCCUUCGAGCCCGGAGGUGCCAACGCCGCAGGCUCGGCCCUGGUCUACCGCGACGUGCUGAAGCAGCUCUUCCUGUGCGACCUGUACGUCUUGGAACACUUCAUCAGCCCCCUACCCGAGGACCACCUGACGCAGUUCAUGUUCCGCCGGGGCUCCAGCCGCUCGCUCUGUGAAGACCCGGUCUGCACACCCUUUGUCAAGAAGGUCUUUGAGAAGUACCACUGCAAGAACCGCCGCUGUGGGCCCCUCAACGUGACGCUGGCCGCAGAGGCCUGCCGCCGCAAGGAGCACAUGGCCCUCAAGGCGGUCCGCAUCCGGCAGCUGGAGUUCCUGCAGCCGCUGGCUGAAGACCCCCGGCUGGACCUGCGCGUCAUCCAACUGGUGCGCGAUCCGCGGGCCGUGCUGGCCUCCCGCAUGGUGGCUUUUGCAGGCAAGUACGAGACCUGGAAGAAGUGGCUCGCCGAGGGACAGGACCGGCUGAAAGAGGAGGAGGUACAGCGGCUGCGGGGCAACUGCGAGAGCAUCCGCCUGUCUGCGGAGCUGGGCCUGCGGCAGCCCGCCUGGCUGCGGGGACGCUACAUGCUGGUGCGCUACGAGGACGUGGCGCAACAGCCGCUGCAGAAGGCCCGCGAGAUGUACCGCUUCGCCGGCAUCCCGCUGACCCCGCAGGUGGAGGACUGGAUCCAGAAGAACACCCAGGCGGCCCUUGAUGGCAACGGCAUCUACUCCACACGGAAGAACUCCUCGGAGCAGUUCGAGAAAUGGCGGUUCAGCAUACCCUUCAAGCUGGCCCAGGUGGUGCAGGCCGCCUGCGGCCCCGCCAUGCACCUCUUCGGGUACAAGCUGGCCCGGGAUGCUGCCUCCCUCACCAACCGCUCCGUCAGCCUGCUGGAGGAGCGGGGCACCUUCUGGGUCACGUAGGGAGACUUGUGCCCCAUGUACCCCUCCUCUUGAAAGGUCUGCCCGCCUUCCUCACACCCAGGUCAGCGGGGAGACGCAUCCCUGGCAAAGGGUAAUGGAAAGCUGCCCUGGAAGCAGGCAGCCCCUGCUGUAGCUGUAGGCCCCCAGCCAGCCAGUUUGCUCAACCCCAGGGCCCUGGGGUCUCCUGCUGGGAACAGGACAGUACCUUCCCCUCGAGGGUCUGCAAUCUCCUUAGCAGACCCAGGGUAUAGACAGGUCCCCUGCCCUCCUCUCUCCCACACACACAGAAACAUACAGGAGAAACACAUUAGGGCCUGGAAGCUCUUUGGGCCAGGGGCCAAAGAUUUAACAACCAGCAGGGGCAUGGGCCUGACCAGUUGCUCAGACCUCCUGUUACACACUCAGUGUUAACCCUUUCCUUUCUGGAUUGUGGGGAAGCCUGGAAUCUGGGUGAGUCCUUGGGGAGGGAAUAGAAGAGCCCAGGGGCUGGGCAUUUGAAGCUCAUCAAGUGACCGUGGCAGUUUACCAGCCAGUACAAAAUGAUUCCAUAUUUUAAUAAACAGUAAGCAGUGCUGGUUCCUCAUGAAUGUCAGCCCUGCACAGGACUACGAGGCGCACACAUACCUGCGCACCAUGCAAGACAGAAAACCAUCAUAAAACAAGUCCACACGUGUGUGUACGGAAAAGUUUCCCCAUUCCUUUAUGCCCACAGAAUUCUUCUGUGUUGUAUCUAAAGAGAACACUUUAAUGACAUUUUUAGGAUUAUUUGGAGGGACCCGGGAAGGAAACAUGUUCUAGGGCAAUGAUCAUUCCCUGACCAGGAAGAGGAUUGAACCAUGGACCAAGAACUGCCAAGCCCGCCACCCCUGCCUGCCUGGGAGACUCGUGCCUACCUCCUCUGCCCUGUCCAAGUCCUACGGCUGGCAGGCAAGACAUUUUGAGAUGACGCCGCUGGUUCUCAUGUGACUGCAGCCCAAAGCCCCAGCUCUUGCCUGGCUCCCUGGGAACAUGUCCAUAUUUGAAGGCUGCCUUGGGCUUGACUGGCAGAAGCAACUUUGGUCCCUGGAGACAAAAGACAACUGAUAGUUCCUGCCAUUUCCAGCCAGGCCUCAUCUGGAGCAGGGCCGAGGAGUUGGGAGUGCUCUGGGGGGAGAAGUCCCAUCAGGACAUACGCCUCCCCUGAGAAGCCUGCCUGCUCCCUGGGCGGAGGGAGGUCAGCCAGCUGGUUGCCUUGGUUACAGCUAGUGCUAAAGGAAUUCCUCCUUUAGGGUUCUGAGAAGAGUCUUGCUCAACUCAGGAUGGGCUGGGUGUUUUACUUCGGGCUUUUUAAGUUAUUUAUGGCUUGGUGGUGUCUUUCUUGUUUUGUGGCCGUUUUUGGUUUUGUUUUUGCUGCUGAGAAGCUGUCUGGACUUAAGGGCCUUUUGGGAGUGGCUGGAAAAACCAUCAGGGAACACAUAUCUCUGGGCAGAGGGUGCCUUCCUCAGGAGGACUGGAGACUAGGUGGCCACACGGCAGCCCUCAUGGGCUUUUCUGUGUGAACCCUACAUAGAACAAAUCUCAGAAGCCGCCAGUGUUCUUGCUGGUAUCCAGGGCAGUGUGGAAUGAGGCCAGAUCUUAUCCCAAGUUCUAACAUGUUUCCCUAGGGGGACAAGGACUCAUAAUGGAGAAGCUAGUGCCGUCAAAGCAAAAACCCUGCCCCACUCCCACUCCAAAACCCAGGAGCAGAAGCUAGGAGAGCCUCGGAGCUUGCGGAAGCUGCAGCGGUUCACGAGGGCAGCCCUGCUCUUCCAGACUUCCUGGACGGCCUCUCCUUAGACACAGCCGCUGUUAAACCUAAGGGCCGAGUUGGUGUGAGUAACGCAGCCAGGUUGCCAGAAAAGCACAGCAUCAGAGUCCAGCUGGAGCUGCCUUGGGGAAGGGCAGAGUGACCUGGCAGGAAGCUGCUGUGUGAAGGUGAGGACACUGACAAUCUCGUGGAACUCAUUAUAAUCCACCUCUUUGAGCUGCUGAGUCCCCAGCACCAUGGACUUCUGUCAUUUGAGCGGCCCUUUGAUUUAGUUUUUAAUUUUUUUUUUCCCUCUGCUUUAGAUUUGAUGGUCCAGAACAAGUUGGGUAGGGAGCUGGCUCUUAUUUGGAGUCCAAAGGGACACCAGCUCUGGAAACUUAAUCACCGGGCUCCGUGGAGCCAGGUUUCUGGCAGGCCCAAGAGGGCCAGCCGUUCUUCCCAGCAACCAUUCUGUUCCUUGAAUGGGUGGUGGGGAGGGACACCUGUAUGUGGGGACUCUUCCUAGGGGUCCUCCUGGUUGGACAGCAGACUUUUCCUUCCUCCUACCACAAGGCUAAGGCCUCCAUCUCAGCUUUCUGAAGACAGUACCAAGAACGGACCUUUAGGAUUCUCAGGACAUUGACAAUGUGUACACUGCAAGUUGACUUAAUUUAUUUAUUAUGUGAAAAGAAGAAACAGAAAAUAUUAUUUGCAGGGACUCAAAGCUAAACCCAAAUCAACUCAGACAAAUAAUAAUAUUAACAACAAUAGAAACCACCCACACCCUGUACACACAAGGACACCUGAAGACAGUUCUGAAGGCACAAGGGGAAUAAACCAGCGUGCCAGCAUAUGGCGGCCCCAAGGUACUGAUUAAGGAGGUUCCUUGGUUUUUCUCUUAGAGAUUUGAAGAUGCCACAUGAGGACCAUUGCUACUGUGUUGAGUGCCUUUGCCCAGGAAUCUGAUACAACUCUAGUGGGUGGUGUGGCCUGGACACUGAUGCCACGGGAACACUUCUGGUUUGGGGGACGGACUGUGGGGUUAACUAUCGGCUUCCCACUCUGGACAUGGCUAGAGUCAUACAUUUGGGGUCUUCGGUCCAGAGCAGGGAGACGGAAGGUGGUCCUACAGUGUAAUGGGACAGCUACCGCCCACACCCCAAAGAGCAGAGGGUACCCAGGAAGCCCACCACAAUGGCAUCUUUUCCCACUAUCUCUGCUGUCUGUCAACCAUGGAAGGAGCUCCAGAAGAGAUGACAGGAUCCCUGUCCCAGAGGGUGGGUGUGGUCUGAGUGAUAGGAAAGGAAAUAGAAGCAUCAGAAGUCUGAUCCAAACCCCAACAGUCUCUUCCAAGCCUAUUUUAGGGUACUGUCCCAUGAGAGGGCCUGGAUUUUGAAGGACCGGAGCAGAAGACAAGCUGGACACAUUCUCGAGGGGGUGUGGCAGUGGAGAACAGAUGCCUAAAGAAGCCAGGGGGUCUUACUGAUCCACACAAACUGGACAAAGGAGCAUCUACAGGAAUCAGGAGCCCCGAGAGGGUGGGUUUGUUUGUGAAGGUCCUUGAGAUGCGGUCCAGCUGGACGGAAGGUAGAAGGCCCAGGGUUUCCUGAAUGCCGCCACAUCCUCUCUCGACUACCCAGUUUCAGAAAUAGUGGAAGCUACUCUUUACCUCAAAAGCACGAGGCAGAAUUGGCAACUUCAUCUUGCAAGCUAAGGCCUUUUGACCACAUGUCCUCCGGCAUCCCAUGACCACGUGGAGGACAAACGCCUAUUUGUCUUUCCAAGAUUACAGACAUGGCACCACCCUCACGGCCUAGCUCAUGUUGUAGACCCAUUUAUUGGAGGAAUAAGUGACUUGUGUAGCCUCUCCAGUUCUUGGGCUGGAACUGGGCACCUGUGAAGUCUCCAUCUUAUCUGUAUAUUCCAGGCCCAUUUUGCUCGACUCCCCUCUUCCUUCCGGGAUCCAACAAACUCUUGUCUUUUUUGCCAAAACUUGGGCCCCGUAUGUUGGCAUGUUCCCAUGUGCUUGUGUAGUACAUCCUGCUCCACCUCUGGAGCCACCCCACAUUGUUCCCAGCCCCUUUGCCGUCAUUGUCCCAGGUGUCCUUGCUGUGGCCACAGACAACCUGCCAUCUUCUGGAAAGGCUGGGGCUGCCCUUCAGACAGCUGGUGGUCACUGGCGCUCAGGGUCUGCUUCGCGGAAUGGAAUGUGAACCCAUCUCCUGAUGGCUUACUUGACUUAUUUAAUUAAAAAUGAAAA